GGGAGGCCCUCUCGCCGACUCUGACGACUACGUAAGGAGUGAAGUCCGUUCAUUCAUCCAUCAUUUCCAUCAAUCUGAUUUCGUUGUUGCUUGGUUGUUGCUCGCCGAAGGCAAAUUGGCCGAAGGAAGCGAAGGAGAAGCAACGGCCAGGCCAUUCGCUGCUCACGAUGUCGACUGAUGCCGAGGAUGGACUUCAGGUGAUUGCAACUGAAUCUCUCGUGCUGGGUGCGGUCCUGUUCUGCACGAGCUCGUCGCUUUUGCUUUUACCAGACAUCUGGGUCAGCCAGCAGCAGCAGUGAGGCGGCACAGCUUCGGGCGGAAAGAGAAAGAUGCCUCAUCACACAAAUCACGGACACGGUAAUGCAGUCGGAGAACGCAGAAAAGCCGCUGGGUCAAAGAUAUGGUUUCUGCGUUUGUCUGUGUUUCCAGCCCGGCCUUCUCGGCUGCAUUAUGGCCUUCCUUCCCCUCCGUUUGCUGGUGCACAUCUCUCAUACGUGGGAGCAUGUGGCCCCCUCCCACACGCAUCUCACAAUCAGUGCGGCGGACAAAGCGGAGAGGUCGUUUUGGCAGCGUGUGCCGAUAGAUCUCGUCAGCCAGUGGGCCAGAUGCCUCACUCAGCUCACGUCGAUCGUCCUGCGUCAGCCCGUCGAUGUCUGCCGCUGGUGCUUUGACGUAUUCCUCGCCUUUGUCGAGGGCCACGUUGAGGGCCGACAAGCAGCCAACUUGCAGGGGGGCGCCCUGCAGACCGUCACCAUCGACGCGAUCCAGUUGACACAGAGGGAUAUGCGGACCGUCACGCGAACAGCUCCCGCUAUUUACACCCGCCCAAGCAUCAGCCUCCCCAGCCUCACAGCUGUCAGCGGCCUCGCCGACUACCACUUCGAGCUUUGGCAUCCUGUGUGGGACAUGCCUUCGUUGGAGCACGUAGAGUUUCAGGACGGCCACUCAUGGAGCGGCCUUGCGCUGGCCGGGUUCAUCAGCUCGUCCCGCUCUCUGCGGUGCGUCACAGUGUGGCUAUCAGCUCUUGGGUGGUCGGAAGUUUUCCGCGACUUGCCUACGGCAGCUGCAGGGCAGCCAGGGCCACUCAGACGCCUGGAGAGCAUCCGAGGGAUCAUGGUCGGUCACAGCCAUCAUGACGGACAAUACCUCGACGAACUUAAGGUGAGCACAGAAAGUAACACUAUAUUGUUGUGCCUCAAAUGUUGUGCCUUCCAGGCAUCCCUCUUGUCGCGGGGCUGCUUGUUGUCCCUCGCGCACUUGGAUGUGAGACUCAAAGAGGGUCUUGUCGUCGACUCGACCACCUUAUCUAUCAUCCACAGCCUUGACACCCUCAUUACCACCUGCUGCGUGUCACCGGACGCCGUCACUGUCACCCUUCCGUCGUCCGUGACGAGUGUCGACCUCACCUUCUUCUACUGCCCCCUGCUCUCUGCCGGGCCCCUGUCGCCCUUCGUCAAGUCGACCCUCACGCAACUCGCCAGCCGUGCGACGGAGGUCGACUGGGUCAUCACUGAGGACAAUAUCGGCGACGAUUUCAGCUCCCCCAGCGAGGCCGCCAAGGCGCUUGCGGCCGACUUGCCAUUGGUGGCCAAGGCCACAUCUGUCCGAGUGAGGGUUGGCGGCACAGACGAGCUGGCUGUCGAUGCCGAGCCGAUCGAUCCGCCAGCGAUUCUUCAGCACCUGAAGCCCGACGCGUUUCCUCAGGCGAGGCAGCUGACGGUUGACUCUCGUCUCGGCUGCCGCGUUGGUGGUGUCUUGGGCAGCAAAAUGCCAGUGAGGAGCGUUUCGGUGGGGGAUGCUGACGGCAUGUUUGUCGAUGAGGGAGAGGUGUGCGAGAUGCUGCAAUCGAUGGGGGCGGAGAAACAGCUGGCCGAAGUGCGGGUGGAGGCCAUCUUUGCCUCUAGUGCCGAGGGGCUCAGCUGGGGGGAGCGGGCUGGCGACAUGCCACUCAUCGAGAACCUCGUCAUCGACAACGCAAAACGUGAGCAGCUCUGCAGUUGACUGCACAGACAGGCCAGGCGCGUCCAUUGUCGUCUCUCUUUGUUUCUUUCUUUCUCUGUACGAACAGUGCCAAACGACACUGAUGAGAUCGGUGAGUAUGUGUAUACAUCCAUCGAGUCAUCCCUCCAGCUCCGAGGCGUCAAGAGGCUGCGUGUGGGUCUGUCGGACAUGAGCAGUGAGGACCGAGCGGCAGUAGAGGAGGUUCUGACCGAGCGGCAGUGCACCGACGGCGUAGUUGACGGCUAUCGACUCAACUGGUGGCGGAGGACGGGCGAGGCGGAAGGAGGUCUGAUUGUUGCUGCUGAGCGCGACUGACGAGUGUGUUCUGUCUGUGUGAGGAACAUUGACCCGUCCGCCCCUUUACUGCUGGUGGUUGGUCUUCAUGCC